CUCGCCAGCGCCUCCUCGUGUGCCCGCGAGCCCGCACGCCCGCCCGCCCGCCGCGCUAUGAAGGCGCCUCUCCCGGGCUGGCCGAGGCCGGAGCCGGCGCGCUCUGCUCGCCCGCGGGUGUGAGCGGGAGCCGGGCGGCCUGACCGCAGUGGUAUGUAUCCAGUUUUUAUCUUGGAGCUCCUCACUGUGGCUUGGACUUGACAGAGUGUCACCUGUCUUUGAUUUAUGUGUUAAGUGGAACUCCAGGAGAGACAUGAGGAGGCUUGUUUACUGCAAGGUGGUUUUAGCCACUUCACUCAUGUGGGUUCUCGUUGACGUCUUCUUGCUCCUGUACUUCAGUGAAUGUAACAAAUGUGAUGACAAGAAGGAGAGAUCCCUGCUCCCUGCACUCAGGGCUGUUAUUUCAAGAAACCAAGAAGGGCCAGGAGAGAUGGGAAAAGCUGUGCUGAUUCCUAAGGAUGACCAGGAAAAAAUGAAAGAACUCUUUAAAAUCAAUCAGUUUAACCUUAUGGCUAGUGAUAUGAUUGCCCUGAACAGAAGUCUGCCAGACGUAAGAUUAGAAGGAUGCAAGACAAAGGUGUAUCCUGACGAACUCCCCAACACCAGUGUAGUCAUCGUAUUUCACAAUGAAGCUUGGAGCACUCUCCUGAGAACAGUCUACAGUGUUAUCAAUCGCUCCCCACACUCUCUGCUCUCUGAGGUCAUCUUGGUGGAUGACGCCAGUGAGAGAGAUUUCCUCAAGUUGGCACUGGAGAAUUAUGUGAAAAAUCUAGAAGUGCCUGUAAAAAUCAUCAGAAUGGAAGAACGUUCCGGGUUAAUCCGUGCCCGUCUUCGAGGAGCGGCUGCUUCAAAGGGGCAGGUCAUAACUUUCCUGGAUGCUCACUGUGAAUGCACAGUGGGAUGGCUGGAGCCCUUGCUGGCCAGAAUAAAAGAAGAUAGGAAAACAGUUGUAUGCCCCAUCAUUGAUGUAAUUAGUGAUGAUACUUUUGAAUAUAUGGCUGGAUCAGACAUGACUUACGGGGGUUUUAACUGGAAACUGAAUUUCCGUUGGUAUCCUGUUCCCCAAAGAGAAAUGGAUAGGAGGAAAGGAGACAGAACACUGCCUGUCAGGACCCCUACAAUGGCUGGUGGCCUAUUUUCAAUUGACAGAAACUACUUUGAAGAGAUAGGAACUUACGAUGCAGGAAUGGAUAUCUGGGGUGGAGAGAAUCUUGAAAUGUCUUUUAGGAUUUGGCAAUGUGGAGGCUCUCUGGAGAUUGUGACUUGCUCCCAUGUUGGGCAUGUUUUUCGCAAGGCAACACCAUAUACGUUCCCUGGUGGCACUGGUCAUGUCAUCAACAAGAAUAACAGGAGACUGGCAGAAGUUUGGAUGGAUGAAUUUAAAGAUUUCUUCUACAUCAUAUCCCCAGGUGUUGUCAAAGUGGAUUACGGAGAUGUAUCAGUCAGAAAAACGUUGAGAGAAAAUCUGAAAUGUAUGCCCUUUUCUUGGUACCUAGAAAACAUCUAUCCGGAUUCCCAGAUCCCAAGACGUUAUUACUCACUUGGUGAGAUACGAAAUGUUGAAACCAAUCAAUGCUUAGACAAUAUGGGCCGCAAGGAAAAUGAAAAAGUGGGUAUAUUCAACUGUCACGGGAUGGGAGGAAAUCAGGUAUUCUCUUAUACUGCUGACAAAGAAGUCCGUACCGAUGAUCUGUGUUUGGAUGUUUCUAGACUCAGUGGACCUGUGGUCAUGUUAAAGUGUCAUCACAUGAGAGGAAAUCAGUUAUGGGAAUAUGAUGCUGAGAGACUCACCUUGAGGCAUGUUAACAGUAACCAGUGUCUUGACGAACCCUCUGAAGAAGACAAAAUGGUGCCUACCAUGCAGGACUGUAGCGGAAGCAGAUCCCAACAGUGGCUAUUGAGGAACAUGACCUUGGGGACAUGAAGACUAUUUCCCCCUGAGUCCUGCAAGUGUCGACACUUUUGUUUUUCCAUUAUUUCAAUGAGGGAAAUAGUAACUUUGUUGAAUUGAAAGUUUUAAAAUCCUUUUAGUAUUCUAAGACACAAUUGUUUAUAGUUCAUUUUUAGGAAUGUUUGCUUAUUUCCCUACUAAAAUUUGUAUCAGAUCAAGGAAGCACAUAAAAAUUUCAAUAACAGAAAACUAUUAUUAAACAUCAGAGCAACUGGAAAAAGAAUAAUUUGUUUGCUUUAAAAAAAUUCUCUAUUGCCCUCUUUUCACAGGAUUAAUGGGGGGACAUUUUAAUUUUUUCUUGUCACAGUGGUUGAAAAAAGAGAAAAUGUAUAUGCUUUAUAAAAUGUCUUCACUAUGAAAUAUUAUAAUUGUUUUUAUAAACGCACUGUUUCUACUGGGCAUUCAUGGAAACUCCGUCGGAUUCCUGCAUCAACAAGACCACAUGCAGAGUUAAUCCUAAGUAGUAAACUCAUAGUACAAAUUAUGUUUCAAGUUUUAUAGAAGUGGAAAAAUCAAAUUGUCCAUUGAAUUAUUUAAACAAAAAAGAAGAGAACAUGUAAAUUCAAUUUAAAUACUUGAAAUCAGAAGAAACAAGAUUAAACUAAAUUGCAAAAGUCAAAUCAUACUACAUAUUAAAAGCUUCUCUUUUGGGGGACUUAGUUCACUCCUACAACUAUUUGAGGAUAAUGUUCAUCUUAGUCCCAAACUGGAUGGUGAAAUCUCAAUCCUUAGUCACCUUCUGUGUCAUGUAAGCUAUACAGUCACUUAAAAAAUAUCUAUAAAUUUACUUAAUAAGAGAGACACAGAGUAAAAGAAAAAUGGGAGAAAGAAA